AUGGCUACCCCUCCAGAUUCACAGGCCCCCAUGGAGCCAGGCCUCAGGCCGAGUUCUUCGGUAUUGGAGAGUGUAGAACUUUGUAGGCUGUUCGUUGGGGGGCUCAACCCUAAAACUAACGAGUUUAGCCUUCGGGGACAUUUUGAGGCCUUCGGCAGCCUCACAAACUGCAUAGUGGCUAUAAACCCCUACACCAGGCGUUCCCGCUGCUUUGGCUUCAUCACUUUCUCCAGAGUGCAUGAGGCCGAUAGAGCCCUGGCUGCCUCACCCCAUUCAGUGGACGGCAACCAAGUAGAAUUGAAGCGAGCAUUGGCCUGGGAGAACUCUAGCAAGCCAGGGGCCCGUUCCCGAGUCAAGAAAAUCUUCGUGGGUGGCCUCACAGAUGAUUUGGGCGAGAGCGACCUGAUGAGACACUUCUCACAAUUUGGACCUGUGCAAAGGGCUGAGAUCGUCAUCCACAAGCAGUCAGGCAAAAGGCGGGGCUUUGGCUUUGUCCACUUCCUUGACCAUGACAUUGCAGACAGGGCCGCUGUGGUCAAGUUCCAAUCCAUCGAAGGCCACCGAGUGGUGGUCAAGAAGGCUUUGCCCAAGAAGGACCUGGACCCGCGGAGCCUCGACCUGGGGAGCAGCCGUACCAGGAGACCUUCCAACCGACCUCAUGCAGGUCUCUCUUCCAGCAGAAGCCCUGACCCCAGCUCCAAACCUAAUGUGGACCCCAGCCCCACCCCUAGCCUUAACUUCAUCCCCAAACCUGCAGAGUGCCCGGGCCCCAAAUCCCCUGAGAACCCUGAUACCAAACCAUCAGGGGCCCUGCCCCUGGACCUGAUUGGGGUCAUGCCUCCAAAUCAGUAG